GAGAGAGAGAUUCCCCUUUAGAAAUCUACUACUUCGCCGUCAAGUUCUAGUGUUGCACACACCUCCAAAACCCUAAAUCAUAUACUCCAGCGAAUUCGAACUUUUAGGGUUUAGUUCUCCGUAAUUCGAUUAUCUCCAUCAUCUCAACUCUUCUACUCUACAAUGGCUGCAAAUGGAGUCCCCCCUACUGCUCUUGAUAAAGAACAGAUAUUUGGAAUGGCUGAAAAAGAGAUGGAGUAUAGAGUCGAAUUGUUCAACAAGAUGACCCAGACCUGUUUCAACAAGUGUGUUGACAAUAAGUACAAGGAGUCUGAGCUAAAUAUGGGUGAAAAUAGUUGCAUUGAUCGCUGUGUUUCCAAAUACUGGCAUGUGACUAAUCUAGUUGGUCAGCUGCUUGGUACUGGGAAGCCUCAAUGAUCCAAGUGUAUUAUAUUGGCGUCUAUUUUACGAUUUGAUCUGUCUGAGCUAGGACUGCAAUAUUAGUAGUUGCAGCCUGAGGAGAUUUAAUAUUUUGCAAGAUCUUUAUUUUUUUUCCAUGACUAUGUUGAGGUCAGGCUAUUUUGUUAAGAAAGAGUUUGAAUACUUAUGAGCUUGAUGUAGCUCACAUAAAACAUUAGAAUAAUUUACUCAUUUAUAAUUUAGUUCAUUCUUCAGGUUUUACCCUUA